AUGUCUUCCGACGCCUCCAGGCCCGCCAUCACGACGCCGCCUCCAGGCAAGUACGAGUUCCUGGUUGUCGUGCCGGACAAGCCCGGAGCGCAGCCAAAGCGACUCGAAGUGAGACCCAAACAUUUCGAGGGCCUGACAGACCUCGUUGAUAAGGGGAUCUUCAAGGUCGGAGGUGCUACUCUGCACGAUGUGCCAGAAGGUACCGACGCCGCCAAGUGGAGCUUUCAUGGCAGCACCAUUGUCAUGGUAGCCGAGUCCGUCGAGGAGUGUAAAGAGAUUCUGAGAAAGGACAUCUAUAGCACCAGCGGAGUGUGGGAUGUCGACAAUGCACAAAUUUGGCCCAUACCCAUAGAAUCACGCAAAGCGCUGAGGAAAAUCGGAUAA